AUGGCGGGAGUGGAUCUGGAAAGAUGCAAGCGUAUUGUUCAAUACUUCUGGGAUCCAGAACCUAAGAAUGACACAACACCAGAGGCAUCGAUCUGGUGUCUAGGUGAACGAUAUCCCCCACAUCCGACCCAUGACUCGAACCACAACACACAAGGCACACAGCAGAAUGGAGAUACGACAGCCACAUCACCAAGCUCAACCAAGAGCAUAUGGCCCGAGGAAUUCCUAGCUGAUUUUGAAUCACGAAUAUGGAUGACAUAUCGCUCCAACUUCCCUCCUAUCCCACGUAGCCAGAGCCCCGAUGCAACAUCCGCGAUGACGCUGGGCGUCCGGCUGCGAAGUCAGCUUAUGGAUUCACAAGGGUUCACCUCUGAUGCUGGGUGGGGCUGUAUGAUUCGAUCAGGUCAAAGUCUUUUGGCAAAUGCACUCAGCAUGUUACUACUUGGCCGAGCCUGGCGAAAAGGCGAUCGGCUUGAGGAGGAAUCGAAGCUACUGGCCAUGUUCGCAGAUCAUCCGGCGGCUCCAUUCUCAAUACAUCGAUUUGUUCAGUGUGGCGCCGACUCAUGCGGAAAAUAUCCUGGGGAAUGGUUUGGUCCAUCGGCAACAGCACGAUGCAUCCACUUAUCAACACAGUGCGAGAACCCAAGAUUAAUGGUCUACGUUACUAAUGAUACUUCGGAUGUCUACGAGGACCAAUUCAUGCGGGUAGCUUGUUCUCAAACAGGGCGAUUUCAGCCAACUCUGAUUCUCCUUGGGUUACGAUUGGGGAUCGAACAAGUGACUGCCGUAUAUUGGGAUGGUCUGCGAGCGGCAUUUGAGUACCCACAGUCCGUGGGAGUGGCAGGUGGACGCCCCUCCGCAUCGCACUACUUUGUUGGCGUACAAGAUUCCCACCUGUUCUUCCUUGAUCCCCACAUCACACGCCCCACGCUGCCAUAUCGAUCGCCCGAGAAGCCAUAUACCCCAGAAGAACGAGAGAGCUAUCAUACUCGGCGGUUACGGAGAAUUCACCUCAAAGACAUGGAUCCGAGCAUGUUGAUUGGAUUUUUGAUCAAAGAUCAGGCUGAUUGGGUCGAUUGGAAGGAGCGGGUUCGAAAUACGCCGGGAAAGCCGAUCAUUCACAUAUUGACAGAACCGAGAUUGGAGCAGGGAUCGGGAAGAUCAUCGGCAGUAUAUGAAGUCGAGGCGUUGGACGAUUCUGACGAGAUGGAGUAG